CCCCGCCGCCCGCGCUGGUCUCUUCAAGGAGUCCGGUGCCGCUGCUCUUUCUCCGCCGCCAUGAAUGUGGCCGGCGCGGCUGGAGGGGCAGCAGGGCGCAUGCCCACCAAGCGCCGGCUGCCCUCCGCCGCCGCCUCCGACCCUCACCGGCUCUUCGAGGACACCAGCGCCGCCCGUUCGCCCGGGCUGGGCCCUCCCAGUGGCGGCAGCAGCUCCUCUUCUUCUCCCCCUCCGCCGGGACCCUUCUUGCCGGAUCCGGUCUCCAGCUUCGCCGCGGCUUAUGGCAGUAGCCUCGCCACUCAAGGGAAGGAGCUGGUGGACCGCAACAUCGACCGCUUCAUUCCCGUGACCAAGCUGAAGUACUACUUUGCUGUGGACACUGUCUACGUGGGCAAGAAACUGGGGCUUCUCCUCUUUCCCUUCCUGCACCAGGACUGGCAGGUGCAAUACCAGCAGGACACGCCUGUGGCCCCACGCUUCGAUGUCAAUGCCCCUGACCUCUACAUUCCAGUCAUGGCGUUCAUCACCUACAUUCUGGUGGCAGGCCUGGCAAUGGGAACACAGAAUAGGUUCUCCCCUGACUUGCUGGGCUUGCAAGCAAGCUCAGCUCUCGCUUGGCUCAUUGUCGAAGUGCUGGCCAUCCUCCUCAGCCUCUACCUCGUGACUGUCAACACUGAUUUGUCCACAAUUGACUUGGUUGCCUUCUCAGGGUACAAGUACGUCGGGAUGAUCGUAGGUCUUUUGGCUGGGCUGCUUUUUGGAAAGACGGGUUAUUACCUGCUGCUGAGCUGGUGUUGUGUCACAAUCGUUGUCUUCAUGAUCCGGACCUUGCGCUUGAAGAUCUUGUCUGAGGCAGCUGCAGAAGGGAUGCUGGUGCGGGGUGCCAAAAAUCAGCUGCGCAUGUACCUUACCAUGGCUGUGGCUGGCCUGCAGCCGCUUCUCAUGUACUGGCUCACCUUCCACCUUGUUCACUGAUGACUCCUAAGCUAUGGCCAGCCUGGUCUUCCUCAGCAAGUAGCCAGCUGCGUAGCCCGCCUGCUGGUCACCCGUGUAAACACACUGGGAAUACAGAGAGCCAUGAACCACCUCUGCUCCUGAGGGGACUGCAAGAGAUCUCUGUGUGUGUUGAUGUGUUAUGGGGGCUGAGAGAUAGUAGAUGUGUGAGUCUGUGUGAUGAGAGCGGGUGGAUGUGUAGGGAAGCAUACACACUCCACAUAUGUUUAGCUGUACCAAUCCCUUUUUGGGAAGGGGAGCAGGUAGGCACCUGGCUUUGGCUGAACUGCUGACCCUCCCAUUUGCCCCCACUUGCCUCUGCUUGCAUGCCACAACCUCUGUGCUUAUUGAGUACACCUCUCUUUUGGGUCAAAAGUGUCUGCCUGGCAGCUGAUCCUGCCCCAUUGGACAGCUCCUGUGUCUGUCCAAGUUGCUGCUUGUGAGUAGCUCAGUAUUACUAUUAUUACAGGGGGAAGACUUUUGGGACAGAGUAGAGGGGAGCCUCUCCCUGUAUGAAAAUGGUGCUUGCUUUUCUGUUUACAAUUAAGGCCUCCUGUUCUGUACCCAUAACAAGCAAAAUAAAAAGUCAGAACUCU